GUUGUCGGAAUAAUUAGAAUAUGUGUUAAAAGUGCUAAAAAUCUCAAAAAAAAAGAUAGUCGGUUUACCUUUUCUAAUCCUGAUCCGUACGUCCGCAUUAUGGAUGCUUCUAGAAUUGAAGUAGAUCGCACUUGUGUUUACCAUGGAACUGUUAAUCCAAAAUGGGAAGAAGUUCAUUUCGCUUCUGUUCAUAGUUUAGGCGAAAAAAUUUCGUUUGAAAUCUUUGACGAAAAUCUUUUUGUAUCAGACGAACAUCUCGGUACCUAUGUCUUGGAUACUAAUACUUUAAUGAAUUAUGACGAUCAUUCUAAACCUAUUAGUGAUUGGUACCCACUUCAAAUUGGUAAAAAGCCAGUUGAAGGACAUUUGAACUUGGAAAUUCAAUUUAUCUCCACCGUAUUUACCGAGGGUGCGGACUUUGUUUUUACUAUAGAAUCAAUUAAACUUCAUCAAGUAUAUAUACUUAUUAGCUGGCGCAAAGAGAAUGGUUUCUUUGAAUUUUCUGAUAAAUUGGCGCGUUUUUUUAAUUAUAAAUCAGUCGAUAAAUUGAAAGAAAGCUUUCUUAAGCACGUAUUUUCAGACAAAGAACUUUCAAAAUAUAAUUUGUCUAUAUUAUCUACAGUUCUUACGAUUAUGUACUUCAAGGUUUUGUGCUGGAAACACUAUAAUGAAUGGAAUCGAAUUAUUGCGAACAGUGAAGCGCUGCUUAGCAAAGAAAUUAACAAUAUCGAAGCCGAGGAUCGUUUAUAUGAUUUAUGUAAAAACUUCAUUAUUGAGCGUUUUAAAGUUAAAAAUCUUGAAAAAGAACAAUUGGAAAUAAUCACACCUGUCAAACAAGCCAUCAUUACACGAAAGAAUAUCAAUAUCCGUUAUAUUCGUACACUUAUUGGUCAUCAAGAUGAAGAUGGCUGUGUUGCUUUAAAUGAAAAGGUCGCUAAUUACUAUGGCUUUGAAAGUGUUGAUGAAUUUGUGAGAUUUCUGCGAAAAUACUUUAAGACAGAGCGUGUCACUAAGCUUCAUCAUGACGUUUGGGUAACUGCAUGCACUAUUUGGUACCUACGAUUAGUUGCUGUUGAUCAUCGACAGGAAUGGAUCGAUAAUUAUGAAAGGUCAUCCCAAUGGUUAGCAAAACAAUAUAAUGGAGAUGAUGCUCUCGAGAACGAAAUCAUGGAAU